UGUACUUAGAGGAAGUUUCACAAGAACAGGUUCUGAUGAGAACAAAACUUCUGUAGUUGUUGAUCCCCUGGAUAAGAGAAAACAAGUGCUUAAUGAUGUAACUAACAUCUGUAGUAAUGCUUCAACAUUUCAGGCAAGAAGAGUUAAUAAGAAGAAAAACACAAAACUGGCUUCAAAUGUCUCGUUUGAAGUUUCAACAUCACAAGGGGAUGUUAGAGCAAAGUUAACUAAAGAAGUAUCCACAAUAAGGAUGGUAGAAUCACAUGACACCACUGGUGAACAUUGUAUGUCCAAUAGCAUAAGAGAACAUGGUAUAGCAGACAACGUGCUUUCGGUGCAAGACACUGCGAAAUCUGAUGGUCCGAGCUCUCCAAAUAAAGACAUAGAUAUGAUUUGUGAGAAACUAGGAGCAUCAGAUUGCUUGGCCAUUGUGGACAUUGAUUCCGAGAUAAAGGAUCCUGAAGUUUGGAGUUCUUAUGCACCUGAAAUAUACAAUAAUAUUCGUGUCACAGAGCUCUCAAGAAGACCAAUAUCGAAUUACAUGGGAGAGUUGCAGCAAGAUAUCAGUCCUACCAUGAGGGGAAUUUUGAUUGAUUGGCUUGUGGAGGUUACCGAGGAAUAUAACUUGGUUCCAGACACACUUUACCUUACAGUAAACCUCAUUGAUAGGUAUCUCUCAGCAAAAUUGAUGCAGAAACAAAGACUCCAGUUGCUUGGUGUUACUUGCAUGCUCAUUGCAUCAAAGUAUGAAGAGAUUUGUGCUCCUAGAGUGGAGGAAUUUUGCUUCAUCACAGAUAACACUUACACAAAAGAAGAGGUAUUGAAAAUGGAGAGUGAAGUUCUAAACAUUUUGCAUUUUCAUUUAUCUGUUCCAACAACCAAAACAUUUCUGAGGAGAUUCAUCCAAGCAGCACAAUCUUCAUACAAGGUUCCUCACAUCGAAUUGGAAUUCCUGGCAAAUUAUUUAGCAGAGCUUACCCUUGUUGAGUACAGUUUCUUGCAGUUUCUACCUUCCCUUAUAGCUGCAUCUGCUGUGUUCCUUGCAAGAUGGACUUUAAACCAAUCAGAACAUCCAUGGAAUCUAACUCUGGAGUACUAUACAAACUACAAAGCCUCAGAGCUUGAAACUGUUGUUCUUGCACUUGUAGAUUUGCAGCUCAACACCAAAGCCAGUUCCUUGAAUGCUAUACGUGAAAAGUAUAAACAACAUAAGUUCAAUUGUGUGGCAACACUGUCUCCAAAUCCAAAACCAGUGCAAUCGCUCUUCCAAGUUUCAAGUGUAAAUUAAUGCAACUCAAAAGUCUAAAAGCAUGACUUCGGAAUUUCUGGUACAGUACAACGAUGUUAUCAUCAGUUGUGAGUGACAUAUGUUACCAAUUGAUCUUUGUAAUUUCUAAUUACUGCUGUUUGUAACAUAUAAGGUGGUCUCAAAAUUCUGGCAAAUUCCAGAUUUCAGUGUAACAU